CCAUGAAUACUCAAUCACGAUCAGAAACAAUAGAUGUCGGAAAGCCAUGGAUUUUAACAAUGUGAGAAAUAAAGGCCUCAACAACAGAGUGAUUAUUAAAGUCUGAUUUCAUAGGAAUGAAAUAGCCAAACUUUGAGAAUCGAUCAAUGACCACAAAAAUAGUGGUAAAGCCUUGGGACAUAGGCAAAUGAGUAAUAAAAUCCAUUGCAAUCUCUUCCCAAAUUUGAUGAGGAAUGGACAUCAGUUGCAGCAGUCCAACAGGAACCACAUUAGCAGUCUUUGCUUGUUGGCAUACAAGACACUAAUUAACAAAUUUUCGUAUAUCAUUUCUCAUUUUAGGCCAGUAAAAAUGUGCAGCAAUCUUGGCUAGUGUUCUUCGAAAUCCUGCAUGCUCCCCAAUUUUAGAGUUGUGAUAUCCUAACAUUAUCUGUUGUAAUAAAGAAUCAAUACCAGGCAGCACAAUGCGGUUUCUUAUAAGAAAUAAGCCUUCAUGAAUGGUGUAAGCGGUGGACUGCAGCUUACCCAACAAACAAUCCUGAUAAAGUUUGAGCUAAUUAGCAUGUUGUUGCGUGAAUUCAAUUAACAUUUGGGACCAAUUGGCAACAGGUUCAGAAAAAUCCAUCAACCAACUUAGUGAAAAAGCAUCUGCGGGAACAUUCUCCUUACCAGGACUGUACUGGAUGAUAAAGUCAUAACCUAAAGAUUUUGGGAGCCAUUAUUGUUGUUCAGCUAGCUAACAUAAUAUGGGGUGAAGGAGGUGAGAGUGAUGAUCAUAUUGUGCCUUAUCCAGAGGUAAAUGAAGAUGUUAGCAACAAGAAAGAAUUCAAUCAGGAAGCUUCUACAACUAAGCUCACAGAGUUGAAGAGACCAGAGGCUAAAACUGAUUUUUAUGAAAGAAAGCUUGGAAGCAGUUCCAACCUUGAUAAUAGUGUAGAAUUACCUGUCUCAGGAUAUGGAACACAUGUCUGGCCUAACUUGUCUUUGUCCAGUUCAACUAAAAUGGACCAGGGAUCUCUUGGUACUGAAGUAUCUAAAAAUUUAAGAGAACUUGGCAAAUUCAGUUCAAGAAUUGAAGAAUCUAAACAACAUGAUGAAAAGGAUGCUGAAAUUUUCCGAAGUGGUAAUGAAGGUAAAGAGCAAGGUGAUUUUGUUGAUUAUGAAUGGGCCAACAUAGGAAGUUUUGAUGACCUUGAUCGAAUUUUUAGCAAUGAGGACCCUAUAUUUGGUCAUGUAAGUCUUGAUAAUUCUAAUGACCUUUGGUCCUCCAAAGAUGUGAGCAACAAUCCAGCACCUUUACCAUUGGAUACACCAAGUUCUUCUGGUGCUUUGAGGAACGGAACAAAUCCUUUGGAAAUCAAAGAAGAGUAUGUUCAAUGUAAUGAUGACAAAUCGUUGGACCUCAGCUAUGAGAAGAUUGGGAUUCCUGCAUCCCAAGUUUUACAAAAUUCGUGCGCAAUCCCAGCUAAUGAGGGAAAUGAUGGAGUUAGAAGCAAGCCUACAGAAAAGGAACAUCAGGUUUUUAGGCAAAAGAAUCUUCUGAAAACUCGGAAAAAAUCACAGGUAAAACAACAGGAGAAUAACUUGCAAGAUUUUUAUGGUAAUUGGUCUCCUUCAGCAGCACCAGCAAGACAAUUUGAAAAUGAAUUAUCACCAUCUGUCAUACAAUCUUCUCCCUCUCCAAUUCUUGGUCAACAAAAUCAGAUCCAAGGAGCUGAAACCUUAUUUCAGAAUAUUGUAAAUCCAUAUGUGUCUUCUUCUGUGUAUGAGAACCUUACUAGUACAUAUCCUGCUAUGCCAAUGCUGUCGCAGACUCUGUCAGGUGAUCUUAGGCAGCAGCCUGUGCUUUCUGGGUACGAAGUGUCUCCUGGUAUAGUGAAUCCUGUGAAAAAUUCUGUGGACUCAGUCAAACCUCAAAUCAUGACUCCUCAGGAGAAAAUUGAAAAAUUGAGGAGGCGGCAGCAAAUGCAGGCAAUGAUUGCUAUUCAGAAACAACGGCAACAAUUGGGCCAUCAAGUCCCUAGUAAUACCAAAUCAAGCACCCAGAAAUGCCCUCCAGACAUCCAAAGUCAUCUCAGUGACGGGACUGACGAAGAUCUAAGAAUUCUUCCUGCUCCAGAUCCACCUAUUGAACAAGAUGAUUCUAAUACAAUGUCAGUGGCAGUUGGAAAUGAUUUUGUUGAAGACACCAUAUUGUGCCAGCUUCAGGAUAUUAUAUCAAAGUUGGACCUCAAAAUAAGACUCUGCAUCAGAGAUAGUUUGUUCCGGUUGGCACAAAGUGCAACUCAAAGGCAUUAUGCUAGUGAUACUAGCAGUACAAACAAAAGUAGCAGAGACCAACUUGAAGUUGUAGCAAGAGAAGAAAGCAAUACACAAAAUAGAUAUGCCAGGAUGCCAGAUGUUGAAACAGAGACGAAUCCCAUUGAUAGAACCGUAGCCCAUUUACUUUUUCAUAGUCCUAUGGAGCUAACCCAGAACUAUUCUGACAAGCUUGAGUCACCUGUUUCUACUAAGGUGCAAAGUGAAAGCAAAGCAGCUAACCUGGUGAACUUUCCCAUGAGUUGCUUACCAGAUGAGGACUCGAAAAACAAUCAACAACUUUCUCACCUUGAGCUGAAGAAUUCCUGGUUUGAUACCCAGUCUAUGGAUCAAAUUAGAAACAGUCCCUGCGUAGACACUUCUGAGAAUGCAUCCAACACACAGGAACUUGAAGCCUCUCAAUGAAGAAGAAAGAGGGCUCUCCAGAUAUUUGAGGCCACUCAGAUCAUAAGCAAGCACAAUUAUGGCUGUAGAAUCCUGGGAACCAGUUUCAUGGUUAUCAUAUUAUUAUCGUUUCUUCUGUUUCAAAACAUGACGGAGUAUGUAUAUCUGUAUCCGACCAUACUUAAGGUCGCGAGUGCUAUGUUGUUUCGUUCAUAACUGCAACAAAAUGUUUCGCACUCAGAUGUUAAAUUUAAGUCUUUGACUGAC